AUGAAUGCAGCUGAAAUAUUUGAUGUAGUAACAGGAAAAUUAAAGAAACCAAUUUUAGCAAAAAUCGGUAAUGCAACUGAAGAUGAAGCGAGAAAAAGGCAUAGCGUUGAUUUUUCAAUAUGGAAAAGGGCAGAUAAUAAGGCUCAAAAAUGUAUUGUCACAUCGUUAGAUGAACAACCUCUACAAUACAUUAUGAACUGUGACACAGCAAAUGGUAUGUGGAACAAAUUACUUAGUGUGUAUGAACAGAUGUCGGACACAAGCAUAACAAUAGUACAACAAAAGUUCUAUCGUUAUACAAUGGAUCCAAAAGACAAUAUAGCAGGUCAUAUUUCAAAAUUAGAAAAUCUAAGUAGACAACUAAAACAAUUGGGAGAACCUAUCUCAGAAUCAAUGUUGAUUACAAAAAUUUUGAUGACAUUACCUGAUACCUAUAGGCACUUCUACAGUGCAUGGGACUCAAUGCAUAGUGCAAACAGAACGCUAGAACAGUUAACCACUCGAUUGAUGUUGGAAGAAACACGACAAGUGCAAGGACAGGAGGUCCGUGAUGAUGGUGCUGAAAGUAGUGCUUUGACUGCAACCAAAGGCAAGAUAUUCAAAAAGGAACAAGAAGAAAAUAAAUCAACUUCCGGUUUGGCGCUUAUUGGUGCACUAAGAAAAAUUGAAGAAAUCGACGACUCAGACAAAUGGUAUGUAGACUCAGGUGCGAGCGACCACAUGACAAAUCGAAAAGAGUGGUUCGUCGAUUGUAAACAUUUUGAUGUGCAUUCUCAUGUACGUAUUGGAGAUGGUAAGCACAUUAUGGCAGUCGGAAAAGGUAACAUAAAUAUUCAUACUUAUGUUGACAAUAAGUGGAUAAAAGGCUACUUAGAAAAUGUUUUGUAUGUACCUGAUCUAAAGGUAAAUUUAUUUUCUUGUGGGGCAUGCCUUGAUAAAGGAAUAACAAUGGUGACAGACUGUAAAGGUUGCACAUUUAAAAUUAAUAAUCGUGUAAUUGCAGUCGGUGUUCGUGAGGAUAAAUUGUUUACAAUGCUAAUCAAAACAGAUAUUCCACAGGAAAUUGGACACUGUGUUAACGUUGCAGUUAAGAAAUUAACAUUAGAAUACUGA